UAUAAAUCUUAGUCAUAACCGUAGCCAUAGCUAUGAAAGUGUCAUAUUUUCUAACCAUAAGUUAUGAAAGUUUCAUAAAUUCCCUCCAUAAGCACUAUGGGUCUUUCAUAUCUUUAUGUGUGAUUUCACGAUCUGUUGAAAGUGUCACAAUCCUGAAUGAGAAGUUAUCAUUAAUUGUUAGGGAAAGAUCUGAAAAAGAUAAAAAUAUUUAUUUUAAAAAUAUUUCCAAGCCAUUUACAUAAUAAUUUGAGUGUAAAUGUCACAUAUUGGAAGUUAAGGCCCACAACAUAUGCUGCCGCUAGAUGGCACUGAGGCUCUGAGUUAAUGUAAAUAAGAGUCAAGAAGAAGAAAACAUCACAACGCCUUUGCCAUGGAACCUCGCGCUGAGUCCACCCCUGCCAAAAAACGAGUUGCACCAACCAGACGAAGCAAAAUACUUGGACAAAAUCUGCUCUGAACUCCAGCAAGCCUUUCCUGCAGGCCAAAGGACUGUGAAGGAGUGUCAGAAGCGAUGGCACACCAUCUUGAUGACAUGCAGGCCCAAGUUAUCACAAGUAAACAAGGAUUUUGCUUCAACUGGUGGUGGCCCUCCCCAUCCUACUCUGAACCCCAUGGAGGAGCUGGUUGCAGAAAUCUUGGGGAAAGGCAAUGUGUCCAUCCAAGGAAUAGAAGGUUCCCCAGGCUUACUGCACAAGACUGUGCAUGAGACGAGUUGCAGUGUGGAACUGCCUGUAGUUGAGGGUGAAGCCAGUGGCUGGGAUGAUGAAGCCGGGGCAGCGGUAGUGACUGUCACUGACUCUUCUCUCACCGAGGCUGCCACUGAUGCUCCCACUAGCCUGUAAGCUGCAGCUGACCUGACUCGUGUGAUGCAGGCUACCACAGCUUCAAGUCUGCAAGCUGGACCAGCCUCCACCUCCACCUUCCAUGCCAUUUUUGUCCAAGGAACUGUGCUGCCUUCUCUGAUAAUGGAGGUGGAUAGUGACUGUAGCUCUGGCUCUGAGUACUUGCCUGCUGACUCAGAUGAUGAGUUUAGUGAUCAUGAUGAGUAUAGUGAUGAAAGUGACUUAGAGGAACUGAGUGAUAGUGAGUUACUGGAAGAGAAUGAGGCGGUGGUUGACUCUGGGUGGACGUUCCUGGCUGACAUAUUCAAUGACGUUCGCCCUCACGCCAUCCCCGAGUUCAGUGACCUUGAUUGGGGGAUAAAUGGACAUGUGCCAAAGUUUUCGUGUGCACGUGAGGCGUUUUGUUACUUUUUUUGAUAAUCACCCAAGUCAUGCCACAGUGACCUGUGACCUGACAGCUUAUACCUGACCUCUACUCUACAGCACUGUGGUGCAGUCUUUUUUUGAGAGGGAACACCUCAUACUAUAGAGUUUUUUCAUAAUUAUUAUUAUUAUUAUUAUCAUUAUUAUUAUGAUUAUUAUCAUGUGUUAUUAUAGUGUGUAUUAUGUGGAAACCAUUUAUAUUCAUAUGUACAGUGCACUUAUACAAUAAAAAUGAAAGUGACAAAUACGAGCAAGUUUAGUGAGCGAUUAUGUGGGCGGUAUAGAGGCGAAUCUCACGCCUAAGGCGAUCGGUGCCGAAGGCCCACAAGUUGUCAAUUGAAAUAUAUAAAAAGAAAUAGGUUCUUGACAUAAUUUUCUUUUAUCAAAAUCAUUUUGACAUCAUAUUGCUACUUUUCGGAAAAGAUAAACAGUGUAUCCAAAUACAAGAAGCAUGAUGAAUGGGAAAUAUUUACGUCCGACAGCCCGACACAUGCAGGCCGAGCGGGGCAAGGUUUGAGUUUUGGGAAAACUGAUCGUACCCGUCUUGGUAGUUAUUUACAGUAAUACAUAAUUGCAUGAAAGAAAGACAUUAUUUAUUCAUCAGUACUAAUAUUUAUCGUUAAAUUAUUAACAAAAACUGUUGGGGAUCAUGCUAUAUAUAGCCAUGUUCCCACAAUAUUGAGAAGAGGUAAGACGGUGAUUGUCGAUGCUACAACAGUUCACCCUGUCUUAGCACUUAUGAUUACGCCACAAGCCCACAAGGUUAGAGUCCGUGAAUUAUGUCAGAAAUGCACUAUUUUGUUUCGCUAUGAUCACGUCAUUAACUAUAACAGUUUGUAGAACACGGUCCCAGUUCCUCCCUAAGGAGGCGUUGCAUUCAUUUCACUCUUAAAAAUCAUUUAUGUUAAUUUUUCUACUUAUUUUUACUCUUUCUUAUGGUAUAUGCAAAAUCACGGCAGUUAUACGUAUCAUGUGAAAUAUGCCAUGUUUUACAUAAAUGCGACCCCGUUACAAUGUGGUAGUUGUCCUUAAGCAGGGGUAGCAUGGAUACACCUGAGUCCAUUAUGAACGUGUAUUUAAUGGUAUCACAAGACACAACAGGUAUAACCGAGCAAACGAGAGUCUGAGGCAUACGUGUCGCCUGAGGCGGUUACGAGCGAGAACUGAGGGGAAGACGUGACGUCACCUCAAGCCAGCCAAACUGAUUCUAUACAUAGAAUGUUUUACAGAAAAUGGAGCACGGGCAGUACAUAAAGGACAUACUAACAUAACAAAUUUCCGGUAGAGAAUUCGAUGGGGUAUAUCUUUUCUCCACCGAAUGAUUUUUAUGCAGUUAUUUUCUUUAGAUUUUCAUAAAUUCUAAGUUCCUUCUCUCAUCAAUAGAUAAUAGAAUGGGUUAUUUUAUGGAUUCUCAAACUUUUUUUUCAAUCGAACCCCUAUCGUUUAAUU